UUUAAGCAAAAAAAAAUCUUGGGCCCUUAGUGAGAACCACCCAUAAUUAAUGACCGGUGCGGAAAGUGAAGCCAGAGUUUAAACAAAAAAAAAAAAAACAAUUGAAAUUGAAAUCGAAAAACGUUUUGUAUUUUAACGGCUAUAGCGAAAAAGAAAAGAACAAAUAUGUAUUCAUUAUGUUAAAGUGUUGAAUCAACCGGCCCCUAAAGCUUGAUUUAUCAAAUCAGGCACAGUGGGCACCAGCAAACAACAACCAAACGCAACGCACAAGACCUCACAAGUCAACCUCAGAACAACGCACACUCUCUCAACUAAGGUUUUGUCCUUGCAGGUCAAGUCAGCAUCAUAAUCUUCACAGUUAGCAGGGACAAGAACCAGCACUUGUUUAACAACACAAAUCAAACUCUAAAAGAAACGAAGAGUACGCACAAAAGGAAUUGCCGAGAUUAAAGACUCUUCUUUUGCUCUCUCUCUCUCUCUCGCAGUCUCCCAAGCAAAACAGUAUAGACAUCAGGCACAAUGGCACGUUCCAAAUGCCAAAACACCGCACGUUUCUUCCUUAAGCUCUUCCUUUUUGUGGGCAUUAUUCAGGAAAACCUUGGAGGUCCCAUGGCCACUGCCUCGGCUGCGGGUGCCACUGUGCCCCCUCCAGUGCCACCUUUUGAGGUGGAAUUAUCUUCGCCAGUGCCAUUUACCACACGUAAACCAGAGAUCUCAAUUGAGGCUAGUGAUAACAAGGAUAAGACAGCUGAAUCUCCUAACACCACGAACAAUUCCACACCAGCUCUCGAGCAGGCAUCCCCAGUCGAUCCUACCUCCAAAGAUUAUGAGACAAACAAGGAUUUGAAUAAUGAAGACCCGAUGAACACCAAUUACUAUGAUGAUAUUUCGGAGACUGAUAUAAAAGCGGAACGCACAACACCCACCUCUAUGGAGCAGCAGGAUGGUCCUGCCAUUCCACCCACAACCAUAACAUUUAGCAAUGUAGCAGCUGCUGGCAUAUUGGGAGAUACAAGUUCGAAUAUGGAAGCCGGUGGCGGUGGUAAUGGUACGCCCAUAACCAUAAAUGAUGCCACACCACCAUAUGCAGCGGUCGAUGACAAAUACGUGCCAAGUAAACCACAAAAUCUCACCGUCCUGGAUGUAACGGCCACCAGCAUUACCAUGUCUUGGCAUCCGCCUAAAAAUCAAAAUGGCGCUAUUGCCGGCUAUCAUGUCUACCACAUACACGAAAAUCAAACGGGCGUGGAAAUUGUAAAACGUAGUGCUGCCGAUUCGGCCAUACGCUUUGAGCUGCCAAAACUAAAACCUUUUACUGAAUAUCGCAUUAAGGUUAAUGCCUUUACCACCAAAAAUGAGGGUGACACCUCCGAUACUAUUGUUCAACGCACAGAUGUUGGUGCACCCAGUGCCCCAAUUAUUGUUAAUUUGACAUGCCACUCACAGGACUCGCUGACGAUACGCUGGAAGCGUCCAUUGGAGUUUUAUAACAACAUUGACUUUUAUGUAAUCAAGACAAAAGUAAUGGGACAAGAUGCCCAUCGAGAUGUGAGAAUAAAUUCAUCGGCCAAGGAAUUGGAAACAGCGAUGAUCAUUCAAAAUUUGACCAUGUAUCAACUGUACGAAGUUAAAGUUGCUGCAGCCACCUACAGCGUCAUCAUACCAAAUAAAAUAAUUUUGGGAAAAUUUUCAGAUGGCAGGAAGAUUGGACUACAGCCCAACUGUGAGAAGCUACAACCUUUGCUGCGUCAAUCCCAUAACGAUUACAAUUUGGCAGUUUUGGUUGGCAUUAUUUUCAGCUGCUUCGGCAUAGUGCUCAUUGUCAUGGCAUUCUUCCUAUGGAGCAGGAAAUGUUUCCAUGCCGCCUAUUACUAUUUGGAUGAUCCACCACACCAUCCCAAUGUGCCACAAGUUGACUGGGAGGUGCCGGUGGAGAUUGCCGGUGAAAUUCGUGCUGCAGUACCCGUCAAUGAGUUUGCCAAACAUGUGGCUUCGCUGCAUGCCGAUGGCGAUAUCGGUUUCAGUCGCGAAUACGAGGCCAUACAAAAUGAAUGCAUUACCGAUGACUUACCCUGCGAACAUUCUCAACACCCCGAAAACAAAAAGAAGAAUCGUUAUUUGAAUAUAACAGCCUAUGAUCACAGUCGAGUCCAUUUGCAUCCCACUCCAGGCCAGAAGAAGAAUUUGGAUUACAUAAAUGCCAACUUUAUCGAUGGCUAUCAAAAGUCCAGAGCUUUCAUUGGUACCCAGGGUCCUUUGCCCGAUACCUUUGAUUGUUUUUGGCGCAUGAUAUGGGAGCAAAGGGUGGCCAUAAUUAUAAUGAUUACGAAUUUAGUGGAACGUGGACGCCGCAAAUGUGAUAUGUAUUGGCCUAAAGAGGGAGUGGAGACCUAUGGAGUCAUACAAGUGAAACUAGUCGAAGAGGAAGUUACGGCCAUGUACACAGUGAGAACUUUCCAAAUAAAACAUUUAAAGCUUAAGAAAAAGAAACAAUGCAAUUCCGAGAAAAUGGUCUAUCAAUAUCAUUAUACCAAUUGGCCCGACCAUGGCACUCCCGAUCAUCCAUUGCCUGUUUUGAAUUUCGUCAAGAAAUCCUCAGCCGCCAAUCCCAGUGAUGCCGGUCCCAUUGUGGUCCAUUGUAGUGCUGGCGUUGGUCGCACCGGCACCUACAUCGUAUUGGAUGCCAUGCUCAAACAGAUCCAACAAAAGGGUGUUGUGAACACCUUCGGUUUCCUGCGUCACAUUCGCAUACAGCGAAAUUUCCUAGUUCAAACUGAGGAACAGUACAUAUUCAUACACGAUGCUCUGGUGGAGGCCAUAGCAUCGGGUGAAACCAAUCUAACGUCUCAACAGAUAGAGGAAUUAAAGAAUUGCACUCCGUACUUGGAGCAGCAGUAUCGCAACAUAAUACAAUUCCAGACCAAAGAUGUGCACAUUGCCUCGGCAAUGAAGCAAGUGAAUUCGAUUAAAAAUCGUGGUGCUAUAUUCCCCAUUGAGGGCAGUAGGGUGCAUCUGACACCCAAGCCGGGCGAGGAGGGCAGCGAUUACAUCAAUGCCUCAUGGUUGCAUGGGUUCAGAAGACUGCGUGACUUUAUAGUCACACAACAUCCCAUGGCCCAUACGGUCAAAGAUUUUUGGCAAAUGGUUUGGGAUCACAAUGCCCAGACAAUUGUUUUGCUAUCAUCAUUAGAUGAGAUUAACUUUGCCCAGUUUUGGCCAGAUGAUACAUCGCCCAUCGAAAGUGAUUAUUAUCGGGUGAAAUUCUUGAGUAAAACGAAUAAAAACGACUAUGUGAGUCGAGAUUUCGUUAUUCAAUCGAUACAGGAUGACUACGAGCUCAGUGUGAAAAUGUUACACUGCCCCAGCUGGCCGGAAAUGUCAAAUCCCAGCAGCAUUUAUGAUUUCAUUGUCGAUGUCCAUGACCGGGGCAAUGAUUAUCGUAAUGGACCAAUUGUUGUAGUGGAUAGAUAUGGCGGAGCUCAAGCCUGUACAUUUUGUGCCAUUUCUUCGCUGGCGAUUGAGAUGGAAUACAGUCAAACGGCAAAUAUCUAUCAGUAUGCCAAACUUUAUCAUAAUAAACGUCCCGGUGUGUGGACAUCUAGUGAAGAUAUACGCUUAAUAUAUAAUAUACUCGCUUUGCUGCCACGUAAUUUGCAGUUGCUGAAACGAACUGCCAUCAAAAUGGAAAUUGAAGAUGUGACAACAGCAACGCCGGAUCUUUAUAGUAAAAUAUGCAGUAAUGGUAAUAACGAUUUACAAAAGCACAAUAAUGAUCUAAAACGUAAUAGCAGUUCUCAAAAUCCAAAUCUAAGACAAAAACAAAACCAGAAUCACAAUCCAAAUUCAAACUCAAACUCAAAUUCAAAUACAAAUUCGAUUACAAAUUCAUGUUCAAAUUUCAAUCAUAAUAACAUAACACCAUUGGCAACAGCUACAACAACAACAAAUACAGCUCCUCCUCCAACGACAGUAGUAGUAGGAGCAACUGCAGCAGCAACAGCCGCCGCCACAACAACAACAACAACAUCAUCACAAAUUCCAAAUCAUUCUUCAUCUCAGCCAACAAAUCCCACACCACAAAAUUCUAUAUCCCAUAACAAUCAUCACUUAAUCAAUGCUACUGCUACUACUACUACUAAUCCAAAUCAUUCGACAACUUCAUCAAUAUUGGAACAUACCCAACAUAACCAAAAUAACCACCAUAACCAUCAUCUUCAUCAUCAUCAACUUCAUAACAAUCCUUCAAACACCACACAUCCAUCUUCCCCCACCUCUAAUAAUAGCAAUUUAUGUAUGAAUCUAGGUCUUAACAAUGAAACUAAUUCUAAUUUUAAUAAUUCUUCUAAUACCAUAACCACUACUACUACUACUACUACCACUACCAAUACAAAUACCACCACAUCUACUAACAACCACCAUGGUGAUGGGAACGAUCUUACAUCUACUUCUGCCACCACACUAAACAAUUCAUCAUCGACUGCUAAUGCUUUGCCAUCACCAACGUUCAACAACAACAACCAACAAACGCCAACAUCUAUGUCGACAAUUGCACCGCCACCUCCUUCUCCGCCACCACAAUUUGCAACGGGCAUUGGGGAAAAUAUGUCGGCGCCCACCUUAUUUCAACAACAAAUGCUGGCCCUAUUGAAUCAACAACAAUAUGUGCAACACUAUGCCCAUCCCACGAAUGACAUCACGGACGUCGAUUGUGAUAAUAUAACCUCAUACACUCCACCACCUCCGCCGGCGGCGUUCAACACGGCGUCCAACAAUGUCAUGAUGGGCUCACCAAUAACCUCCACGCAUAAUAAUCACCACCAACACCUGCUACAACAUCAUGCCUUGCACCACAUCGCCGAUCACAAUCCAAUUGAUGCGAUUGCCGAUUAUCCCAUGGGCUACAAUCCGUCAUCGUCGUCAUUGGCGGCCAAUGAUGCCGAUUAUGCCUCAUCAUCGGGGGUAACACCAUCGACAUCGUCUUCGACCGUUGUCAAUGCCAAUGAAAUAACCACCCCCUUGUUGAAAACAUCAUCGAAUCCCUCCUCACCCACAACAUCCUCGCCAAACACACCAACGGCUCCCCUGCAAUCAUCCAAAAAUGGUGCUUGUCCCAAUAAUCUCACAUCCACAGUUACUGAUGCUCAAAGCUUAGAUAUCGUAGGUUAAAUUAUGCAAUAGACUAAAUCUUAACACAACAACAAAAACAAAAUAGAAAAAAAUACAACAAAUGAGGAAUAUAUACAAACAAAUAAGUAUGCGUAUACAUACACACAUACAUACAUAGAUACUAGAUAAUAGACCUAGCAUUAGUAAAAAAAAAACAAACUGCAAAACCUAAAAAUUAUAAAUUGUAAAGCAAACAUACAUAUAGAUAACCAUAGAUCCCCCUCCCCCCCUCCCGAAGAAACGAUUCGAUACACUACGCGACAUGACGAACAUACACAGAAAAACAAAAACAACAACAGAAUUUAAUUGAUCCAAUUAAUUUAAUUCAUCGAAUUUAUCUAAAACGGGAAAAACUAAAAAAGAACAUUGGAAACAACAUCACAUCAAGAUACUAUAAAUUGUGUGUGAAAUUUAUGUUUUCCGGCCGAUGUGCUGAAUGAAAAACUCGUUGGUAAACCAUUUGAGGACGUCAGAAUUCAGUCUUAAUGAUGGUCAUAAUGUCUUUGCAUCCAUCUAGGGCUUGUUUCACUGCAUUUUGGACAUUGCUCGAGGUCUUGGCUUCUCCAGUUUCUUCACGUCAGCUAGGCAAUUCUUAUACCCACCACCGAUGGAUGGGGGUAUAUUCAUUUUGUCAUUCCGUUUGCAACACAUCGAAAUAUCCUUUUCCGACUCUAUAAAGUAUAUAUAUUCUUGAGCAGCGUAAAAAUCUAAGACGAUCUGGACAUGUCCGUCCGUCUGUCUGUUGAAAUCACGCUACAGUCUUUAAAAAUAGAGAUAUUGAGCUGAAAUUUUGCACAGAUUCUUUUUUUUGUCCAUAAGCAGGUUAAGUUCGAAGAUGGGCUAUAUCGGACUAUAUCUUGAUAUAGCCCCCAUAUAGACCGAUCCGGCGAUUUAGGGUCUUAGGCCCAUAAAAGCCACAUUUAUUAUCCGAUUUUGCUGAAAUUUGGGACAGUGAGUUGCGUGGGGCUCUUCGACAUCCUUCGUCAAUUUGGCCCAGAUCGGUCCAAAAUUGGAUAUAGCUGCCAUAUAGACCGAUCCUCAGAUUUAGGGUCUUAGACCCAUUAAAGCCGCAUUUAUUAUCCGAUUUUGCUGAAAUUUGGGACAGUGAGUUGUGUUGAGCCCUUCGACAUCUUUCUUUAAUUUGGCCCAGAUCGGUCUAGAUGUGGAUAUAGAUGCCAUAUAGACCGAUCCUCAGAUUUAGGGUCUUAGGCCCAUUAAAGCCGCAUUUAUUAUCCGAUUUUGCUGAAAUUUGGGACGGUGAGUUGUGUUAGGCCCUUCGACAUUCUUCGUCAAUUUGGCCCAGAUCGGUCCAGAUUUGGAUAUAGCUCCCAUAUAGACCGAUCCUCAGAUUAAGGGUCUUAGACCCAUUAAAGCCGCAUUUAUUAUCCGAUUUUGCUGAAAUUCGGGACAGUGAGUUGCCUUAGGCCCUUCGACAUCUUUUUUCUAUUUGGUCCUGAUCGGUUCAGAUUUGGAUACAGCUGCCAUAUAGACCGAUCUCUCGAUUUAAGGUUUUGAGCUCAUAAAAAGCGCAAUUAUUGUCCGCUGUCGCCGAAAUUUGGGACAGUGAGUUGUGUUGGGCCCUUCGAUAUCUGUUAUCAAUUUGGCUCAGAUCGGUUCAGAUUUGGAUACAGCUGCCAUAUAGACUGAUCUCUCGGUUGAACAAUGACUUGUAUUUAUAAGCAUUUGGUCUAAAUCGGAUGAUAUGUCUAUAUAGCUUCUAUGGGGUAUAAGGUAUGCAUUUUUCACUGAAUUUUGACUAAAGGUGGUUCACAUAUAUACCCGAGGUGGUGGGUAUCCAAAGUUUGGCCCGGCCGAACUUAACGCCUUUUUACUUGUUCAUGGUCAUGCAGAGUAGAUAACAGCUUUAAUGCCUCUGCAUGCACUGGCCUAUUAUAGUUAUUUCCCAUCAUUAAAGAAAGAUAACCCAUACCAGUAUCAAAAUUAAAAAUAAGCUGAAAAAAAGCAUGCAUCUAUGUCAACACUCACAAAAGCAACGAAAAUAUAGCGAAUAAUGCAGGGUUUCAAUGCUUUCAAUUAACAUUUGAUUAAUUGAUAAUGAUUACAAAUAUAUAAGGUGCCACUCAUAGAAAUAAGUACGAAAUACACGGGUUUUUCCAAAAAUUCCGCACUCCACAUUUUUGGGAUUACUCUACGAUGGCUAAGUGAAUAGUAUCAUUGUUUUCUUAUAUUCUAAUGUGUCACACAUCUUGCCAUUUCCACCAAAGUACUGUAGGCGCCUUCAACCGCACCAGCCUUUUGUAAUCAAUCUGAUUUCUACUGUGUACCACGUUGGGUCCUUUAGAUAUUUUGUAGUUCUUCACUCUAUCUCUUCAAACAAGUUGAAUUAGUCUUAACUAUCAAGCUUUCAUUACCCUUACUCUAAGAUUUAACUUGUUGUUCUUAUUCCGGAUACUAAGCGAAUAGUUACAAGAAUUUUUCCUUAUUAUAGACAAACUCUGCAAUUCUGCACUCAAGUUAUUUUCCUUUGGUGUUUCUUCACCGUGUUCUCACUGAGCUAUAGUUACAAGAAGUUUUGCUCAUGCUUAACGAACUUGGCAAUAUUACAAUCAAGCUCCAAUCCCAUGGCAGCCGGUUGUACGUACCGGAUUGACCCGAUGAAGUCCUACAUCGGCAAGGGCUGCCGCCUUAGUGUAUAACACACCGCUACAACAACAAUCAAGCUGUUUCCUUUGGUCUCGCUCCACUGCGUAAUGCUCAUUGGUGUGGAAAAAAUUCACUUCUGCCUCGUGCUUGUAGUUUAUUUAUCCAGUGGAUUUCAGAUUUUUGCUCAGAUGGUUCAUUAACUUGGACGAGAUAUGCUUUAUGUAUGGUUGAAUUUUAAUACCCACCAAUGAAGGAUGGGGGUAUAUUCACUUUGUCAUUCCGUUUGUAACACAUCGAAAUAUCCAUUUCCGACCCUACAAAGUAUAUAUAUAGUCUGGAUAAUCGUAAAAAUCUAUGAUGAUCUAGCCCGCCUGUCUAUUGAAAUCGCGCUACAGUCUUUAAAAAUAGAGAUAUUGAGCUGAAAUUUUGCACAGCUUCUUUUUUGUCCAUAAGCUGGUUAAGUUCGAAGAUGGACUAUAUCGGACUACAUUUUGAUAUAGCCCCCAUAUAGACCGACCCGGCGAUUUAGGGUCUUAGGCCCAUAAAAGCCACAUUUAUUAUACGAUUUUGCUAAAAUUUGGGACAGUGAGUUGUUUUAGGCCCUUCGACAUCUUUCUUUAAUUUGCUCCAGAUCGGUUCAGAUUUGGAUAUAGCUGCCAUAUAGACCGAUCUCUCGAUUUAGGAUCAUAGUCCCAUACAAGGCGUAUUUAUUGUCCGAUUUUGCCAAAAUUUGGGACAGUGAGUUGUGUUAGGUUCUUCCACAAAUUUCUGCAAUUUGGCCCAGAUCGGUCCUCUCGAUUUAGGGUCUUAGUCCCAUAAAAGGUGCAUUUAUUAUCCGAUGUCGUCGAAAUUUGGUACAGUGAGUUAAGAUAAGCCCCUCGACAUACUUCUGCAAUAUGGCACAGAUCGGUCCAGAUUUGGAUAUCGAUACUCGCAGCAUUCGAUAUUUCUAAUAAUAAAUGUCGAUAGUAUCGAUACUAUCCUUAAUUUUCCAUCACCUUUACUUUAAACGAAAUUCGAUUUAUAUAGAAGCAAUGUCAAUGCACAGACCAAAUAAAACCAAAUUUAAUAAAAUCAGUUGGAAGUCACGACAGAAAUCAUUUUACAAAAUGAAAGCAUAAUCGGAUGAAAAUUGCGCCCUCUAUAGGCGCAAUGUAUCUUAAAUGAUACAUUUAGAGUCGGAUCGCUUACUUUUGUUCAAUUUUACAAAAAAAAAACAAUUUUGCUGAUAAUAUCGCAAUGUAUCUUAAAUGAUACAUUCAGUGUCGGAUCGCUUAUUUUUGUUCAAUUUUGAAAAAAAAACUUUGCUGAUAUUAUCGAUUGCGACCUCUAUAGGCGUAAUGUAUCUUAAAUGAUACAUUCAGUGUCGGAACACUUAUUUUUGUUCAAUUUUGCAAAAAAAAAAAAAAAAAAAAAACAAAAUUUGCUGAUAGUAUCGAUAUAAAAAAUAUAUAUCGAGGUUCGGAGUAAGAACAAAAUAUCGAUAGUGCCAUCGAUAUUUUGCCAGCUCUAGUCUAAGACCAAUUCAAUAAUUCAAACAUUUUUCGGUUCAAUUGAAAUAAAAAUUAUUGAAUCAAUUAAUUUUUUUAUUAAAAACUUUAAAUAUUUACUCAAAAUUAAAAACAUAAAAAAUUCAUUCAAUUAAAAAAUUAAUUGCAAUUAAUUUUUAAUUUGCAAUUAAAAAAUUAAUUGAAUGAAUUAAUUAAAAUUUUAAUCCCGACUGUAAUUGAAUUGAAAAAAAUUCAAUUCAAUUAAAAAAGUGAUUAAAACAAUUUUUUUAACUAAUAUGAUUUUAUUUUCUAUUGAAUUUUUAAUUGAAAUUUUUUUGCGACUUUUUUUCUAUGCAUGUUAACAUGGCGAAACAAUUAAAGGUAGUCUCAUUUGUACAACAACCAGAAAUCAUAUGGUGCAAUCCGCCAUCUUGCCAUCUAGCUGAUCGACGUUUUGCCAACACACACAAAGAAAUUUGUGUGCGUGUGUAUAUACGUGUACGUACAUGAGCAGAGAAUAUGCGAGAAAGAAGAUAAUAACAAAAAGAUUGCAAACAAAAAUCUGCCAUUUUAAUACCGUCAAACCUGGCCAGCAUUUAACGGCUGUUGGCGUGAGACCACCUUUUUAAAUCCGCGUUGGCAUGUUAACUGAUGUCAUUCUGCAAAAUCUUAUUUAAUUUUUUUAUUUUAGUGGGAUAAUGUGGUCAAUCGGCUGAAGCCACACUUUUAGGGCCCAAUUAUUGAGUUACACAGUACAAACGUGCUGAGGUUCCAUUCAUUGGACAUGCGUCAUACUUGUCAUAUUAAACAAAGUGCCUAUGCAUACGGCACUGUAUCGCAUGUCCGCCUAUAACGCUAAUCGCCUGGGUUCAAAUCCCGGAGAGACCAUUAGAAAAAAUUUUCAGCAGUGGUUUUCCCCCUCCCAAUGCUGGCAACAUUUGUGACGUACUAUGUCAUGUAAAACUUCUCUCCAAAGAGGUGUCGCACUGCGGCACGCCGUUCGGACUCGGAAUAAGGGGGCCUCUUAUCAUUGAGCAUAAACUUGAAUCGGACUAUACUCUACACCCUAUUCCUUAGUGGAAUGUUUAUGGGCAAAAUUUGAAAUUUGCCUACGCAUACGAGUAAGUCAUAGUAUUUCCCAGAAAUUUCCAAAAAAAAUCAUAGGCUGUCUAAGAAUUCGACCAAAAAUGGAUAUUUUAUAGUCUUUUUUUAUAUUCGGCCUCUGGGGCCGAAUUACCGCAUAUGUGAUAGAGUGCGCUUCCGAAUCGAAUGAAAUUUCAUCUCGUAUUUAAUGGAUGUUAUGUCACUUGAAUAUACAUGUUUAUCUCAAAGUUUUUUUAAAUAAUGAUUUAAUAAAGAAAUACAUAAUUUACAAUAGCGAAAUUUCGAACGAUUUUAUUCGUUCACGUAUGCGAUUAAUCGGCCCCUGAUUGCCAUUUUUAAAAUCCUUAUCUCACAAACAACGGGUGCUUCUAUUGAUGCAAUUACGGAGAAAUUAGAAAUGAACACAUGGAGUAAAUGGUUAUCAUCCAAUGCUUGGCCUAUUGAAACAUAAAAAGCUUCUCACUUGUCUCAACAACAUCUGUUUUAAAAUUGCUGUUUAUUCAAUUUGAUGAACAAAUUAAUUGGUUCAAUUAAAUUUUUCAUUAAUUAAUAGUUUAAUAAUCAUUUAUAUUUUUUUGUAUGGAAUUAAUUUUCGUGAUAUAUACAUACAUAUAUAUAUAUAUACUUUUUUCUGUGUAGGAUGAUAACAAGAAAUGAUCUUAUGCACAUAGACACAACUAAAACACAAACACAAAACCCCCACAUAUACGAUACACAUUCACAAGCCAGGAAGAGGAUAUCACAAAUUCGAACUAGAGUAGUAGAUGAAGAGCAGCCCGAUGGGGAUGAUAAAUAACAAGACGAAGAAGAACAAUGUGAAAAUAAUUGUAGAUUAGCACCAAACAAACAAACAAAAAAAAACAACAAAUAAUUCAGUUUAACUUAAUUCACAAAGUAUCAAUCGCCACAUUACAAGCAUACAUCAUACAUAGUUUUCAUACAUCAAAUAGUUUAAAUAACUACAAACAAAACAUAUACAUACAUAGAUAUAUGGAAAUAUUACCUAUAUACAAGGUAUAAACGAAAAAAAUAAAUAAUAAAACAACAAAAAAGGAAAAUUAUUCCCUGCCACCUUUCUUUGGCGCCCUUACCCCUAGAGAAUCCCAAAACGCCAAGCAUCCAAGCAUCAAUCACAUAGCAACCAUGUUAUUAUCCUUUUUUUUUUAUAUAUGGAGUAUAUGAUAAAACAAAAAAAAAUAUUUUACCUCCUUCUUCUUUUUGUUUGUAAGAAAAAAACACAAAACAAAACAAAAAUCGUAAUCCUAAGUUCUCGUUUCUAAGUUUUAACAAAAUCAACGAUUAAUUUAUUAAGUACAGAUUUCUACUUUUUAUAUAUACUUGUAUGUAGCCGCUUAUACAUAAUAAUAACUUUUGUAUUAAAUUAUUUAUUUAGAUUAUAAUUAAUUCAGUUAAUAUACCUAUUAUAUUACUACGUAUAUAUACAACCAACUUGCAUAUACAUAUAAACAUAAAAACGACGUCUCUGUGUAUUUUUAUUAUUAUUUUUUAAGUUAUUUCUCUCUACAGAAAACUGUGUCAUUAGUCAUUUGUUAUAUAUAUAUAUAUAUAUACAUAAAGUAUCAAUUCAAAAUCAAAACAAUAUCAUCUCUUGAUCUCUACCCCCCUCCCUCCCUCCCCCCAAAACACGCGGGGACUCGACACAGACGGCGGAGACGACGACGACCAGACGACAGGCUAGCGAAAGUGUUAAUUCGGAAAGUGCGUUUCUUUUUCAGAAACAGUACUUGGUAUUUGUCAUAGAAUAUGAUCAAAAAAACAACAUAAAUGUAAAAAAAUACACUAAUUUUAAAAGGCAUUUUAAAAAUUUUAAAUAGAAAACAACAAAAUUUAAA